AUGGCGCAAGAAGAUGAUGAAGAGGAUUUGGUAUUCAAUGUUGAAGAGGUUCAAAAGAUAGUUCGAGACAACAUUGAACUUUGCCUUGGAGGUAAUACUUAUAGUCACUCAAGAACGCCGCAAUGGAUCACUAUCAUCACAGAAAAAACGUUGGCCAGACUCAACAAGCUCAACAAGCCCUUCAAGUAUAUCCUGCGAAUCACGAUAACGCAGAAAAACGGCUCAGGUCUUCAUACAGCUGCAGCUUACUAUUGGGAUACAGCAACGGACAGCACAUGCACCGUCCGCUGGGAAAAUAAAUUUAUGUACUGUAUCAUCAACGUUUGGGGCCUCGCUUUACAAAUAUAG